AUGGACGGCCCCGAGCAGAUUGGGCCUGACCACAGCCCGCGAAAGACGGUCGGCGACAAGGUUCGUCGCGUGGUGAAGGCUUUUACAACGAGGGACGGCCUCAUCGGAGACUAUGAUUACGGCUACCUUUUUACGCCGCGACUGCCCUUCACCAAGCGGGCUCGCAAGUCGACGCCGUUCUUCGGGUUGGAAGAUCGCAUGCCGAUUAUGCUGGCACUGAUUCUGGGACUGCAGCAUGCUCUUGCCAUGCUGGCUGGUGUUAUUUCGCCCCCCAUCAUUCUGGGCGGCUCCUCCGGCGUGAACUUCGGAGACGAGCUCUACCAAUAUCUCGUGUCGACUUCCUUGAUUGUAUCGGGCCUUCUGAGUGCAAUGCAGAUGGCGCGAUUCCACAUAUACGGCACAAAGUACUACGUCGGAACCGGGCUCCUGUCCGUGGUCGGAACAUCUUUCUCCACCAUCACCGUGGCCACGGGCGCCUUCUCCCAGAUGUACAAGUCCGGCUACUGCCCCCUUGACGCAGAUGGCAAUCGACUCCCCUGCCCUGCCGGCUACGGCGCCCUCCUGGGAACAUCCUGCCUCUGCGCGCUACUCGAAAUCGGCCUCUCCUUCAUGAGCAGCCGCAUUCUCUCUCGCGUCUUCCCUCCCCUCGUCACCGGACCCACGGUGCUCCUCAUCGGCGCCUCGCUCAUCAAAUCCGGCAUGCAGGAUUGGGCCGGCGGCUCGGGGUGUGUGCCCGCCUCAUCGACCGCGACACGACCUCUGUGUCCCAGCGCGAGCGCACCGCACGCAUUGCCAUGGGGCAGCCCCGAGUUCAUCGGACUGGGCUUCUUGGUCUUUGUCACGAUUAUCCUGUGCGAGCGUUUUGGUCCGCCCAUUCUGAAGAGCUGCGCCGUUGUGGUGGGCUUGCUGGUCGGCUCGAUUGUGGCGGCGGCAUGCAAUUACUUCGAAGAUUCGGGCAUCACUGCGGCGCCGGUGGCGUCCUUCGCGUGGGUGCACACAUUCCCGCUGAAGGUCUAUCCACCCCUGAUUCUGCCGCUGCUGGCGCUGUACAUUGUCAUUAUGAUGGAGUCUAUCGGUGACAUCACCGCGACCUGCGACGUGUCCCGGCUUGCGGUGGAGGGAGCGACGUUCGACUCGCGCAUUCAGGGCGGCGUGCUGGGCAACGGCAUCACCUGUUUACUGGCGGGGCUGAUGACCAUCAGCCCGAUGUCGGUGUUUGCGCAGAACAACGGCGUCAUCGCGCUGACCAAGUGCGCCAACCGCACCGCGGGCUUUUUCUGCUGCUUCUUCCUGGUGAUCAUGGGCAUCUUCUCCAAAUUCGCCGCGGCGCUGGUGGCCAUCCCCAGCGCUGUGCUGGGCGGCAUGACCACGUUCUUGUUCAGCAGCGUGGCCGUCUCCGGUAUCCGUAUUAUCUCGACCAUCGACUUUACCCGCCGCAACCGCUUCAUUCUCACCGCCAGCUUCUCCUUGGGCAUGGGCAUCACGCUUGUCCCGGAUUGGUGGGCAUAUGUCUUCUCCUACAGCGGAGACAACCAUGCGCUCUCGGGCCUGCUGAAUGCAGUGGAUCUAGUCAUGGAGAACGGAUUCGCCGUCUGUGCUAUCCUGGGCGUGUUCCUUAAUCUGGUCAUCCCCGAGGAGCCGGAUGAUGUCCCGGCUGUGUUCCAUGCGACUGAGUCUGAGGACGGGCAAACCCAGACGGCGACUCCUGUGCAGGCCGCCUCUGGGAAAAUGGAGCAGCAGCCUCCGAGUAGAUGA